CUCCUCUCUGCUCCGCGUCGCUUCGUGACUUCUGACCGCGACGUCAAGGAUCACGCGACGCCGAGCGGAUGAUCCUGACUGACGCGAGGGCGACCGAAGGGGGCGGACCCGGCCACGUGACAGGCAGCGGGCCGUAGUAGUGACGUCACUCCGGCCAUGAGAGAGAAGAUGGAGCUCUCCUCGACGGGAGAUCGCGUGUUCGCGGCGGAAGCCAUCCUGAAGCGCCGCGUCCGCCAGGGGCGACUGGAGUACCUGGUGAAGUGGAGAGGGUGGGCCAUGAAACACAGCACCUGGGAACCAGAGGAGAACAUCCUGGACGACAGGCUGAUCCUGGGCUUUGAGAGGACGGAGCGUGAGAGGGAGAUCAGCGGUCCCAAGAAGCGAGGCCCUAAACCCAAGAGCGUGUCAGUGAAGACUCGGACCCCGAAGGCGGCCUCCGCCCGCCAGAUGGCGUCCUCCUCAUCCACGCCCGGCAGAGCGCCUCCUCCCUCCUCCGCCGCCUCGUCUUCCUCCUCCUCUUCCGUGGCGCCGUCUCCCAAACUGAACUCCGCCACCCACAAGCUGAAGAAGGACAUCCACCGCUGCCACCGCAUGUCCCGGCGCCCGCUGCUGCGCUGCGACCCGGCGGCGCCGGCCUUCCCCUCGCGCCUCAACGUGUUGCCGUUCUCCGAGACCGUCCGCAUCCUGAACCGCCGGGUGAAGCCCCGGGAGGUCAAGAGGGGGCGCAUCAUCCUGAACCUGAAGGUCGUCGACAAGCUGGGCCGCGGCGGCCGGGCCGCGGCAGGGGGGGGGGCGGGGCGCCACAACCUCCCGUCACGCAACCGCAUCAUCGGGAAGAAGGGGGAGGCGCCCUGCAGGCCCUUCCAGGCGCCGCUGAAGAUGCUGGGCUUCCCCAUGUACGGGAAGCCCUUCGGCCUGCAGUGUGGGGGGCCCCCCCACCCGGGGCCCAGCACCGGGGACAGCCAGCCCACUUCCUCCCAGCACCGCCCGCCUCCUUCCAGCUCCGCCCCCUCUGAUCCUAAGGCCUCGGCGGCUCAGUCCUGUGGCCCCCCCGCAGAGACCCAGGAGGACCAGAGCGCCGCGCCGGCCCCCCAGGCCCCGCCUCCCGCCCCCUGCUUGUCUCCGCCCUCCUUGGAGGACGGCAGGACGACCCAGGAGGCGUGCAGGAAAAGUCCCCGCCAGCGCCGGGCUAAACGCCAGCUGCCCGCUGCCUCGGUGGGCUCCGCCCCCCCCCGGGACCAUAGCUCCGCCCCCGUGGAACCCCAGAGGGCCCCCGCUGAGGGAGACCCCAACUGGCACCCGGAAAUGGCGCCGAGCUGCAAGGACGUGGUGGUCACCGACGUCACCACCAACCUCGUCACCGUCACCAUCAAAGAGUUCCCCUCCCCCGCCUCAGGCCCCGCCUCUCCCUCCGCCCCCUCCCCCGAUGACCCCCCUCCCCCCAAGCCAUAGGAGACCCGACACGUUGAGUAUCCGCCAUCAGUAGAACAACAAGUGUUGACAUGUGAACAGCUGACAGUCCAGAGGCUUCAGUAGGCUCCUCCCCCUUAGUGAGGCCAUGUUGCAUCAUCACAGGACCCCCCCCCCUCCCCGUGUUGUUGUUCUCCCUUUGAUCCUCUUGGCGUGCAGCGUACGUUUGUUUGUUUACGUUUGUUUGUUUAUGUCUGCUCAGCAACGCGUCAGACUCCUCUUCCUCUGGAGCUCCAGCUGGUGGGGGGUUCAAGUACUUUACACCUAAUGGGAUCUUUGGAUCAGCAGCUCUGGCUCCACCUCCUGGUCCUGGUUCCACGUCCUGGUCCGACCCGGAUCGUGUUAACCCUUGUGCCGCACUUCAAAUGUAAACACAUUGACGGUUCAACCGGUAAACAGGAAGUGACCAUAUGUGGACUGAGGAGGAGGACCUGUCCAUCACCUUGUAGCCCCGCCCUUCUAUACAGCCAGAGGAGCCCCCUGGUGGUCAGGAGAGAGAAUGCAGCUUUACUACAUGAAGCACAGCCAGGGGUCACAUGACAGGUCCUCCUGUGAAGAGACUCCGCCCUGUCAGGGGUCACAUGACAGGUCCUCCCGUGAAGAGGCUCCGCCCUAAGUCCCGCCCCUUGCUCCUCCUUUCUGACCGAUCUGCUGCUGGUCGUCUCUCCAGCAGCAAGUCAUGAAACAUGUCACUCUGUCUCUGUGAACUCGACUGGGCUCCCCGUCUCGCCUCAGAGCUCCUCGUCUCCCAGCUCCUCGUCUCCCAGCUCCUCGUCUCCCAGCUCCUCGUCUCCCAGCUCCUCGUCUCCCAGCUCCUCGUCUCCCAGCUCCUCGUCUCCCAGCUCCUCUCCUCCCAGCUCCUCGUCUCCCAGCUCCUCUCCUCCCAGCUCCUCCCAGCUCCUCGUCUCCCA